AUGGAUGAACCCUCCACCUCCAGCUUGAGCCUGAUGUGGUGCCUGGAGCAACUCCAAGCUGAGCAGUUAGGACAGUUCAAGGAGCUCCUCACCAGGAAUUCUGAGGAGCAUGGUCUUGAGACGAUUCCCGGGAACGAAGUCAGUGGGGCCUCCAAGGGCGAGCUGGCCCUGCUGCUGGAGAAGUGCUACCCAAGCCAUCAGGUGUGGGAGCUGACAAUGAGCGUACUCCAACAGCUCAACCGGACAGACAUCUGCAUGAUGGUGGAGGAGGAGCUGAGGAGGAGAUCAGAGGCACACAAAGCCCAGAUGAGGGAGAAGUUCGAGUUGAUCUGGACCCAGGAGACCUGCCUCCCAAUCCCGGAUUGGCACUACAAACAUUCUGUGGAGAAGGAUUGCAAUGCACUGCUCGCGGCCGUUGGCCACUUCCCGGGGCCCUGCACUGUGGUUGUAACCGGCCGCGAGGGAGCCGGCAAAACCACCCUCCUGAGAAGAAUCACGCUGGAGUGGGCCAAGGGAACCAUCUGGAACAACGUGUUCACACAUGUCUUCUUCAUCCAUGUCUUUGAAUUGAAUGGCCUGGAGGAGACCAGCCUGCUGGAGCUGCUUUCGGGAGACUGGCCCCUGGAAGCCGAGGCCCUCGAAGAUAUCUUCUUCAGGCCAGACAAAGUGCUCUUCAUCUUGGAUGGCUUUGAGCAGCUCAAGUUUGACCUGAAGCUCAGGACAGACGCAUGCGGUGACUGGAGGCGGCGAUGGCCUACGGCCGUGCUCCUGAGCAGCCUGCUGCAGAAAACCAUGCUUCCAGAAUGCUCGCUGCUGCUGGGCUUCGGAGAGCAGAGCAUGGCCAGGCACGGCUCCCUGUUGCAGCAUCCGAUCCAGCUGCGGCUCCUGCCGCUCACAGACAUCCACAGAGAGCAGUACUUCUCCCACUUCUUUGAGGACAGGGACCAGGGCAGUCGGGCCUUACUCUUUGUGAGGAGCAGUCGGCCUUUCUGGAUCAUCUGCAACAACCCCUUAACCACCUGGCUGGUAUGUACUGCUCUGAAGUGGCAGAUGGAGCGCGGAACAAACCUGCAAUUCUACCCUCAAUCGUGUGCCUACCUGUACUCGAGCUUCUUGAGCUCGGCCCUCCAGACAGCAGAGGCAGCCGGAGUCCCACCGAAAACGAACAGAGCGCGCCUCAAGGGGCUGUGCAGGCUGGCCGCAGAAGGCAUGUGGACUCAGACGUAUGUGUACAGCCGGGCAGACAUGAUAUGGCACGGGGUCUCUGAGGAGGACAUGGCCAUGUGGUUGAGGCUGAAGUUCCUGCGGCCCAGAGGGGAGCGCUUCACGUUCAACAACAGGUCCCUGCAAAGUUACUGUGCUGCUCUGUUCUACUUCCUCAGGCAGCCCAGAGACCCACCCGUGGGCAACAUCGGCACAGUGCCCCACCUGGUGGCGGCGAGUAUGGGGCGUGCACACACGAACCUGUACCUCACAGGGAUGUUGCUUUUGGACCUCUCGGUCCGGGAGAUCCUCGGCUGGCUGGAGUCCUGCCUGGGCUUCCCGCUGUCCAAGGCCAUCAGGACGGAGAUCCUGGAGACCCUGAGGCGCCUGAGCGCAGUAGCUGCCCAAGACAUCAGUUACCUGGAGCUGUUCUUGGCACUGUUCGAAAGCCAGGAUGAGCAGUUUGUCCUCAGGGUGAUGAGUUUCUUCGAGGACCUCUUCCUCAACAUCCAAAACACUGACGAGAUGGUCAUCGCGUCCUUCUGCCUGAGGUAUUGCCGCAACCUGAAAACGAUGCAGCUGUGCGUUAACAACGUGUUCCCCUACCACAAGACGGACUUCAGUGAAGCGGAAACCAUCCAAUACUGGAAGGAAUUUUGCACAGCAUUCCAGGGAGAAAAGUUCCAGGUGCUGAAACUGGACAGCAGCACGCUCGACCACGUGUCCCUGUCAGUCCUGUUCAAAGCCGUGGCCCAGCCCACGUGCCGACUCAACAGCCUGUCGUGUAAUUUUGUCAAUAACUUCGGACUCGGGUUGGAGUUCUGUAAGGCGGUGCUUCACAGCUCCCACCUCCGAUACCUGAGCCUGUACGGCACCAGCCUCUGCCACGCGGCCGUCUACUUCCUGUGUGAGGCACUGAGGGCCCCGUCCUGCCGAGUGGAUGUGCUCAUACUGGGCAAGUGUGACAUUCAAAGCCAAGCUUGUACAGACAUCAGCUCCCUGCUCAGCUACAACACUAGGCUCAAGUGCCUCUCCCUGAUGGAAAACGCACUGAACAACGAGGGAGCGACCACGCUGUGCAGGAACCUGGGGAAGCGCCAGUGCGCCCUGCAGAGGCUCAUAUUAAACUUCUGCUGCAUCACCACCGCGUCUUGUAACGCCGUUGCCGAAGCCCUCGUGUAUACCACGACGCUGUGCAUUCUGGACCUGGGUUCCAACAUGCUGGGUGACGAAGGGGUGGCGAUCGUCUGUGAGGCCCUGAAGCAAUCAAGCUGCAGACUGCAGGAACUAUGGCUGACGAGCUGUUACCUCACUCCGGCUUGCUGCCAGCACCUUGCUGCUGUUCUCAUGUUCAGUGAAAAUCUCAAGACCCUGAAACUUGGCAACAAUAGUAUCCAAGAUGGCGGCGUCAAAGUCUUGUGCAAAGCCCUGAAACAGCCCAACUGCCACUUGCAGCGCCUUGGCCUGGAGAUGUGUCAGCUCACCGGCGCCUGCGUGGAAGACCUGGCCAUGGUCCUCGCAACCUGCAGGACCCUGCAUAGCUUGAACCUCGUCGGGAUCACGCUGGACUGUGAGGAAGUGAGGGCGCUGUGUAUGGCCUUGGCCCAGCCCAAGUGUGUGUUGCGCGUGCUCGGGCUGGACAAAGAUGUGUAUGAUGAGGAGUCGCAGGUGAUGCUGUCACAGGUACAGGCCAGAGUCCCCCGCCUGGCCAUUGUCCAUGAGCCCUGGCUCGAAGAGGAGCGCCAGAUCCAGGGUGUGGUCCCCGUGGGGGCCUCGCUGACCUAG